GGGGCGGGGGGAGGAGCCGCGGCGCUGCCGCCGCUCGCCCCUUCCGAGGGGCCGGGAGGGGCCGCGGCCUGCGGAGCCGUGUCCGGCCUCGCCGCCACCGGAGGCUCGGGACGCGGCGGCCGCAUCCCCGGCGGGAAGCCGCCUCGGCAGUGGCGGGACGGGGGCUGUGUCUUACCGCAAGGCGGGCUCGGGCCUAGUGGAAAUUCAUUUUUUUCUUUUAACUUAAAGGAAAAUGUCUACAUCAAAUAUUGCAACAAGAGUAGAAACUUGGCUUUCAUCCACGUGGCAUAUUAAAGUUCCUUUGACAUGGCUGGAAGCAUGUAUUAAUUGGAUCCAGGAAGAAAAUAGUGGUAGUAACUUAAGUCAAGCUCAGAUUAACAAACAGGUGUUUGAGCAAUGGCUUCUCACAGAUCUAAGAGAUUUGGAAUAUCCCAUUUUGCCUGAUUGCAUCUUGGAUGCCCCCAAAGGAGAAUUGUCUGGCUUCUUCUCAAUACAGAUUGAUUCUCUAGUUGAUGUUAGCCAGCCAGCAUAUUCCCAGUUGCAGAAGCUAAGAGGAAAAAGUACUGUAAAUGAAGAAGUAACAGCCAACACUCAGGCAUUCCAAAAGCCCUGGGAAGCAAAGCCUACUCGAAUGCUAAUGCUGCAGCUAACUGAUGGAGUACAUCAAAUUCAGGGCAUGGAAUAUCAACCAGUUCCUGUCCUCCAUAGUAAUCUUCUUCCAGGAACAAAAAUCACUGUACAGGGUAACAUUGCAUAUCGUCUUGGAGUCCUUUUGCUUAAACCAGAAAAUGUAAAAUUGUUGGGAGGUGAAGUGGAUGCUCUUCUAGAGGAGUACAGUCAGGAUAGAGUCCUUGCUAGAUUAAUUGGAGAAGCUGAGAACCCUAAUCCUGUUGGACGAACUGAUCAUGAACAAGCUGUUCCAAGGCCUGUAGACGAAUUAGGGCAAGCUCUAGGCCCUUCAGAUGAAGAGCUUUUAGCCAGUCUUGAGGAAAAUAAUGAAUUUACUUUAAACAAUGAAAUGCCUUUAGAGAGUGGGUAUUGCAGUAGAAGCAGUAAUUUUAGCACAACCUCAAGUUCACACAAUGGAAAUGUUUUGCAACAAGAAUUUGGAAAUCCGUUUCCUUGUUCAGAUGAACAAAUUUCAUGUCCUAUGGAAUGUGCUGAUGGCUUUUUAAAUGACUUUCCUUUGGAAGAUGACUUGCUUCUGGAAGAAGAGAUCCAAAGAGAGCUGGAAGAGCCACCAGUGGUCAGGAACAGAAACGUAGGUUUAGUUACUGAGAGACUUCCACAUAUGUCUAGAAGCUCAUGCGAUUCAUCUUUGAAUGGCACUUACGAAACAGAUGACAAGAAUGAGAGAGAGAAACCUGUAGAAGCUACCAGCAACCAAAAGACUUUUGGAACAAGAGUAUCUACUGGAGGUAGAAAUAGUACGAGUGAUCCUUCACAGCAUAAUAGCGUACAUCAGACCAACAGUUCUGCAGAUUUCUCUUUGGAUAAUACUCCCAAAGAAAGGUUCAAUGAUACCGAGCUAGCUGAGAGCAGACAAAAAUCCCAGAACACUUCUGACAGCAGGCUGCUAAACAGUGAGCCAGUAUGUUUCUCAAAAACAGACUCAGAGGCAGAUCAGCAGAAGCGUGAUAUACAAACCUUUACUCGCAAAGCAGUAGAGGCGCAUGAUGUUGAUUUGUGUUCUCCACCUUUCACAUACAUUUCUGUUCUCCUUGCAAAAAGACCAGAAACUGUUACAAUUCUGAAAGUCAAAUGUUUUAUUGUAACUCUGACUGGAAAGCUCACAAGCAGCAAUGGGUCCUGGGGUAUAAAGGCAAAAAUUUCUGAUGGUUCGGCUUAUCUAGAAGUAGAGUUUGCUGAUGAUAUUCUGACAAGUUUGAUUGGAUUUUCAGUACCUGAAAUGAAUAUAUUAAAAAAAGAUCCUACCUCACAUGCAAAGCUUAAGGAUGGUUUAGAAAAAUGUCAAAGACACCUAAUAGAUCUCUGUUGUUUGAUGACUAUAGAGUUUGAUCCUUUUCAGUCUAAAGCCACUGUAUUAAUUCUACAGGAUGCUGAUGCAAGGCAUCUAGAACAGUUGAAGAAACGUGUGUAUAAAUAACAUGUGAAAACUUACAGAAUGUGGAUUAGGAACAUUUCAGUCAAGAUUUCCCCCAGGGGACUGUUAAAAGUUAAAGUUCAGUGAUACGUUGUUCUCUCUUGAGAAAAAUAGUGGAAGAGUGAGAGGUGGAGAUGAUGGGGGAGGGGGGAACAUAGCCAUUUGUUUCUUAUGAUGAGCAUAUUUAAAUAAACUUCAAAUAUGUUUGACUUAAGAAAAUCAUGUAUCACUUAUUCUGCAAAAUCCUCCAUGUUGUUGACUGGUGAUCUGGAGUAGCAGAUUUUGUCAGGAAAUGGUUAAUAAAAAGAAGAUUAGCUCAUUCUUGCACUUAAGAGGAUGAUUACUAACCUGAUUUUUAAAAGAUAGUUAUUGGAGACUGCCAGUCUCUUCUCAGAGGAAAGCGAUUAAACAAAGAAUUAUUGUUUAGAUGUUCUGACUAUGCCAACUUGAAAAUUUAUAUGCAUAAUUUGUCUUCAAGAACCUGAAGUGAAGGAUCACCUUAUUCUAAAUAUUCAGGUGAGAAAAAAAGUGCAUACUUAAAUGGAAUAAAAAUCUAUGUACUUGUUUAAAAAAAAGCCUCAAAAUAUUUUAAAAUAAUCCUUUAUUAACAGAAAAGAAUGAUUGUAACAUGGGGAAUCUAUUUUUGUCUUGCUAAUGCUAAUCAUUACUAAUAGUUUUGAACCCACAGCCAACCUUAUUAAUUAGCUUUUAUAGUAUUUACUAGUCUAAUCUCCUCACGGUGUAGUUGUAUACUUGAUAGGCAUCAUAUAUGUUGUAUACCUGUGUUGGCCUUAAGUUUUGUGGGUUUUUUUUGAUUUCUGCUUUUAGAAUGUAUUUUUUAAAAAGCCAAUUAAAGUUUAAAUGAAAACUU